AUGUCGUUUACUUCCUAUUUGACAACGGGUGUCGGUGCCUACGUAGCCAUCACAUUGUUUCUCUUCACACUGGGGCAAAAAGUGCCCCGGGCGGCCUUCGUUGCGCGCUGCCUCGCUGCGUACGCCUCGCUCCUCGUAUGCGCGAUCUACGGUGUCGUCGCUUCUAUUGUCCUUCGUCUGGUCGGCUAUGGCCGUGUCUCUCAGUGGGCGACUGCCCGGAGUUUCAAAUGGGUGAUGCGGCUCACCACUGGUGUAACGUUCGACAUCAUCGAGGGCAAAGAGCAUCUCUCUACACGUCCGGCCAUUUUUGUGGGUAACCACCAGUCCGAGCUGGAUGUCUUGAUGCUGGGGCAUAUCUUCCCACCAUACUGCAGCGUCACCGCGAAAAAGUCCUUACGCAAUGUCCCCUUCCUCGGCUGGUUCAUGACCUUGUCGCGGACUGUGUUCAUUGACCGGGCCAACCGAGAGAAUGCCAUGAAGGCGUUCGAUGGAGCGGUCAAGGAGAUGCGUGAGCACCGCCAGAGUGUGUUCAUCUUCCCCGAAGGCACACGAAGCUACUCUGAUGAGCCUACUCUGCUGCCAUUCAAGAAGGGCGCCUUCCACCUGGCCGUGAAGGCUGGCGUACCAAUUGUCCCCGUUGUCGCUGAGAAUUAUUCUCAUAUCAUGUCACCUCGUAAUCUGCGUUUCAACGCCGGCACUAUCAAGAUCAAGGUUUUGCCUCCCAUCGAAACCAAGAAUAUGACCCCCGCCGACGUGGAUCAGUUGACGGUAUUAACUCGGGAGUCCAUGCUCGAGGCGAUGAUGAGCAUGGCCAAGCACAAUCACAAGAUUGAGCCCACGCGCAGCAACGGAGUAUCGACUGGUAUUCAGAUCUAA